AUGGUUAAGAUGAAUAAAACUGGGCCCAAGGUAACGGUUUCAGCACAGAAAGGGGCUGAGGUUACUAACACAACCCCUCAGCGGGGACAUGGGUCCAUUGCUGUCUCAACCCAGCGAAGUGCUGCAGUCUCCAGCACCCCUUCUGUCCAUCAAAAGUCAGAAGCUCGGCAUCCCAUCAUUCCCCCUUCAUCAUCACGCUAUCCUCGCUCUGUCUCCCUCCAAGCAGGACCUGGCUUCUCUGGAGCACCCACCCGUGGAGGAACUGAGAGCCGAUCAAAAUCAGAAGCAUAUCAGCAUUCCACUCUUCAGCAAAAGAUCCAGCAAACUCAGACACCACUUCCCCAUGCUGUUCAGACACAGCAGAAGAUUAGUCUAUCCAGAGAAGAAGCAACACGAAAAGGGGGUGAGAGCAAGUCAGGGCGUGACAGUAAACAUUACUCAUUAAUCCCAGAUGCCAAAUCCUUUCGCCAGUUGGUUUUUCUAGACCAGAAGAAUAAUAAACAAAUCUUACAAGAAGAAGACCCACCCUCCAAGGUCCAGUACCCACAAGGGGUCAGAGUUUCCCGUAAGUCUUUGGUUUCCCCAAAGGAUGAAGCAGUCCAAACUGAGCCCAUCCGAAAGAGUGUGACUGCUGCUGAGGUCAGAUUUUCAAGGAGAACCUCCAGCCCAGAACAUGGCAACAGGCUCAUCUUUGCAGACUCUCGAACAGCCCAGAGGAGGAUCCCUGGCCAAGAGUCUGAAACAGGUCUUCGCAACUCGACUCAUACAGAACCCAAGGCCUUGCAUAGGAGCAAGAACUUGGAAUCAUCCCUCACACUCUCCAUCCUUAAAGAUGUGGGUAGUGGACGCCAAUUUUCUGUGCGUACAGAGCAUGAGCCUAUCCACAAGCAUUCUGCCUACACCGAACCCAGCCCCCCCGCAAGAGUUUUAACAUCAUCAGAAGUGGAGUCCAACAUAAAGUCGCCAGUGCGAGGAGACAGCGAGACCAGCCGCAGAGUCAUUAUCUGCUCAGAAGCACAGCCAGCACAGACAGCUCACCAUGUGACAUCUCGAGCAGGAACUGAGAGCCCCCGCAAGUCUUUCAUGUUUACCUUUCCCGAGCCUGUCUAUAAGCAGCACACCUGGAGACCCUCAGAAAGUGUCCGCACGUCCCCAGGAUACAUACUCAAGCAUCCAGAUCCCUCCCCAAAUUCUGUUCGUGCCAAAGUGGAACUGACCCCUCGGCCCUUACCCCCUCGGCCCUUACCUAAGUAUGGGCCUGAGUCCUCAUGGUGGACCUUACUCAAUACUGAAGUUGAAAUGCCCCAAAGCCAGCUAACAACAUCUGAUUUCGAGGCCAAAUCUCUCCCUCCCAUAGACUAUUCAUUAUCCUCUUUUGAAAUUGACUCAAGCCCUUUCUGUGAGGAUAUGAUGUUCCUGAGAGAGAAGACAAGUACAUCACCACCACCUGCACCAGCGACACCACCACCACUGCAAUCACCAAAGGAGUCUCCAAGCCGGCCACUAUUGAGGGGAGUGCCACAGGCCCCCAAGUGCACCUCCAAACAACCCACUCAAAGGUUUAGUGCUUUCUUCUUGGAUGUCUCUGAGGAAAUGUACAACCGUGUCAUCUGGUGGCUAAAAGAUGAGGAGAUCAAGCGCUUCCUGGAGGACACGGAUGAUGCAGAACUGAACAAGUUCGGGAAGGAUUUCCCAGGAAAUGAGAGCUGCCACCAACCAGAGGCCAAGACCUGGGUGUCCAGGCCCCAAGUUCCGGAGCCAACGCCCCAGGCCCCAGACCUCUACCAGAAUGACCUGGAGUUCAGAUCCCCCUUGUGGCCCCAGCCCUCUGACAGCCAGCAAUACUUCUGUGCCUCAGCCCCUCUCAGCCCCUCAGCCCGGCCCCGCAGUCCAUGGGGCAAGCUUGAUCCCUAUGAUUCCUCUGAGGAUGACAAGGAAUAUGUGGGCUUUGCGACUCUCCCCAAUCAAGUUCACCGAAAGUCCGUGAAGAAAGGCUUUGACUUUACCCUCAUGGUGGCAGGAGAGUCUGGCCUGGGAAAAUCCACUCUUGUCAAUAGCCUCUUCCUCACUGAUCUGUACCGAGACCGGAAACUCCUCAGUGCUGAAGAGCGGAUCAUGCAAACCGUGGAGAUCACUAAACAUGCUGUGGACAUAGAAGAGAAGGGCGUGAAGCUGCGGCUCACCAUUGUGGACACACCAGGUUUUGGGGAUGCAGUCAACAACACAGAGUGCUGGAAGCCGGUGGCAGAAUACAUCGACCAGCAGUUUGAGCAGUAUUUCCGAGAUGAGAGUGGCCUGAACCGCAAGAACAUCCAAGACAACAGGGUGCACUGCUGCCUGUACUUCAUCUCACCCUUCGGCCACGGGCUCCGGCCAUUGGAUGUUGAAUUCAUGAAGGCCCUGCAUCAGCGGGUCAACAUUGUGCCUAUCUUGGCUAAGGCGGACACACUGACACCUCCUGAAGUGGAGCGCAAGAAACGCAAAAUCCGGGAGGAGAUAGAGCACUUUGGAAUCAAGGUCUACCAGUUCCCAGACUGUGACUCUGAUGAGGAUGAGGACUUCAAAUUACAGGACCAAGCCCUAAAGGAGAGCAUCCCAUUUGCUGUAAUUGGCAGCAACACUGUGGUAGAGGCCAGAGGGCGACGAGUCCGGGGCCGUCUCUACCCUUGGGGCAUCGUGGAAGUGGAAAACCCAGGGCACUGCGACUUUGUGAAGCUGAGGACAAUGCUGGUGCGUACUCACAUGCAGGACUUGAAGGAUGUGACGCGGGAGACACAUUAUGAGAAUUACCGGGCACAGUGUAUCCAGAGCAUGACCCGCCUGGUGGUGAAAGAACGGAAUCGCAACAAACUGACUCGAGAGAGUGGUACCGACUUCCCCAUCCCUGCUGUCCCACCAGGGGCAGAUCCAGAAACUGAGAGGCUGAUCCGAGAGAAAGAUGAGGAGCUGCGGCGGAUGCAGGAGAUGCUGCACAAAAUCCAAAGACAGAUGAAGGAGACCCAUUAGCUGGCUUUCAGCCCAGGAUAUUUAAAUCUCCACUUCUUGCCCUUGCCAGACCCUCCCAGCACCAGCUCUGCUCAGGCCCCUGCAGCUACUGCCACAUCGCCUUACAUCCCUGCUGCCUCCCCAGAGACUCAGAGGAAAUAAAGUUUAACAAAUAC